AUGUGUGGGGGUGAGCUUUAUUCGCGACUGAGCGAGAAAGAGAAGGUGGAUUUCUUUUUACCGGCAGUAGCUCCUUUGGAGUGCAGCUUUUUCCUAGGCAUAUUUACCUCUUCUCCUCCUCCUCCUCCUCUAAAUGCUCUUUAUCUCGCCGUUCUUCUCCUUCUCUUCCUUAUGCAUGCAUGGCUGCGCUACACUUAUUUACAUGUCCUAACACCGACUUGUGGAUGGGCAGGUUUUGGAGUUCCCUUGAGUUUAAUGACUUGUUCGCAGUCUGAGUCGGAUAUUGAGCACUCAAAUCAUGUUAUGCCGUUGGGUUUUAUUUUUCAAAAUAGUCGAGUAAAUAACGUUUCGCUUUGCGGUCAGCAUAAUUUACAUUGGCUGAAGGAUCGGCGAAGAUGGUUUGAUUUUCCAGUGGCGACAAUCAAUCAUGGUACUCGAUAUGAGAGAACGAAAAGAUCAUAA